UAUCUAUCAAACUUCAAGCUUUUAACUACUUAAAACUAUCUCAGACAGAAAACAUCAAACCUAAAACUUUCUAACCUUAAACUUUAACAAUUUUUUGUUCCUUUUUACAUUUUUCAAACUUUUUCAAACUGUCUGGUCAGGUCUCGACAAACAAAGUAUCUCACAUACUUUUUUUUAAAGAUUAGCCUAGGGCUACAUGUAGUGUGCAUUCAAAACCAUCUGGAGCACAGACCUUCAUGCUUGUUUGGACAAGGACUUUUCCAUUACUGAAAAUGAAAGUGAAUGGCUAGACAAAGAAGGUGUGUUCUGAAAGUGAAUACCAACCAGUAAAAGACAAAGCGCGAAAGAGAGAAGGAGAGACAGGAAGAUUGCACGGAAGAGAGAGGAUAAACAUCAAACUGGUCACAAUCAGAGCUAAGAUGUCUGGUGUGACGAGGGAGGACGGUCUGGUGCCCAGAGCGCGCAGCAGCCUGCCUGUGGUGUGUUCUGCUGGACUGGGCCUUCUCAUGCUGCUGUAUGCUUGGCUGCUGGACUCCGACAGGUUCACUGAGAGAGCUGGAAUGAUCGCUUUUUGCAUCACAGUAGAAAGGGUUAUUCACAGUAUGUGCUUGUUUGCAGAGGAGUGGCUCUUCCAUUCAAGGCAAAGGUAUCGUGGCAGGAUGAAUGAGAUCUUUCAGGCUUGCUUUAGAGGGCAUGUCGUUUUCGGGAUGUGUGCAACCUUUCUGAUGCUAAAGUUGGGUGGAGUUUCGUUCUCUAAAGAGCAGUGGAGCACUAUAGCCCUCAUGUGCACUGUUUACCUGUUACUCAGAAGCCUGGGGUUCCUGGGCCUUGCUCCGGUUGAGAUCUCAGAAAUCUGCGAAACAAAGAAGAUGAAUGUGGCACAUGGUUUGGCCUGGUCUUUUUAUACCGGUUACCUCAAAUUUGUCCUUCCAGACUUACAGAACAAGGUGAGCCGGUAUUCCUCCACCAGGGGCAAACUGAGCUCUUCACGUCUGCACAUCCUUCUGCCUCUCAACGCCAAGGUUCCGACCAAACCCGAAGAGGAGGACACUCAUGUGAUCUUCCAUGAAAACCUUCCAGAACUGGAGCGGGACACGGCAGGGGUGCGCAAACGUAGCUACAAGAACAGCGUCUACAAGAUCACCCAGGACAAAGAGACUUUUAGCUGCGUUCUGGAAUACGCCACACCAUUGCUGACGCUGUAUCAGAUGUCCCAAGAGAGCAGUGCAGGGUUUGGAGAAAGAGAACGAAAACAGCAGGUCCUGUUGUUUUACAGAACACUCAGCCAAAUUCUGGAAGAUUCCCUAGAGUGCCGGAACCGUUACCGGCUCGUCCUGCUCAACGAUGAGCACACAGGUGACCCUCAUUACCUCUCCAGAGAGAUCAUCCAGAACCUCAAACAGCAGGACGGAGAGAUUCACAUGGAACCCAUCCGAGAGUUACCAAACGAAGUCCAUCCUUUCCAAGAAGAGGGUUCGAUUGAGAAUUUCAAUGAUGUGCACCAUGCUGCUUAUCCUGAAGACCCAAUGAGCAAUGACCCCACCCUCAUGUUCAGCCAGCCACAGUCCUUGAGAUCUGAACCGGUGGAGACCACCGAUUAUUUUAACCAAAAUCAUGCAAAGAGAUGAGAUUGAAUCAUGCAGCGCUCUGCGUGAGUUUUUGGUGGCUUGUGAAUUUUUUUAUGUAAUAAUAAUAUUUAAGAAUCCAUUAAAUCAGCUGCUCAUUAGCACCCUCA